UCUCCCUCCCUUCCCCUCGCUGUUUGUGUGUGUACUUCAUUGCAGAUAACUGUGUGAACUGAUAGUCAACAAAAAUUAUCUGUUCUAGUGUGAAAUUCGAGCCUGAUGCUUCAGUAUUCUAUUUGAGAAUUUUUGAUGGUUCACGAGCUUAAGGUCGGCGCUGCGCUUGGACAGCGUGGAGAAAAUAACAGGAAAAACACGAAUAUGACAAUGGGGGAGGAGUCACCUGUGACGUCCCUCGUUCUUCCCGUUUUAAUACGUCCCAUUUUAUCGAAGUUGGAGCGUCGUGAUGUUGCGGCUUCACAGACACUGAGAGCGGCACUCUCCAAGGCAGAAAUGGCACAUCCUGGAUUUACAUAUGAUCUGGUUGUCGGAAUAAUGCAGCGUGGAGAGUUUAGUGUUAAUUUGAAUGAAACAGUACUCCGCCUUCAAGGUGCUGCAACUGAAGCUGACAUGGUGGAAUAUCGAUUGAAUAGAUCCGAGGAUGCAUUCCAAGAGUUAAACAAGAAGUCAGCUGCACUUAAGAAGAUCCUGUGCCGAAUCCCUGAUGAAAUUACAGAUCGUCAAACAUUCCUUGAAACUAUUAAAGAAAUAGCGAGUGCAAUCAAAAAACUAUUAGAUGCUGUCAAUGAAGUAACAGGCUUCAUUCCUGGAUCAGAAGGCAAACAACAGCUGGAACAGCGUAAGCGUGAUUUUGUUAGGUAUUCCAAAAGGUUUUCCAACACUCUGAAAGAAUUUUUCAGGGAAGGAGAGCCAAAUGCAGUAUUUGUGAGCUCCUUGUAUCUAAUCCAUCAGACUAACAAGAUUGUGGUUUGUGUGAAAAACAAGUGUGAAUAAUUUCGAUACUCAUUUCAUCCAUACAUUUUUUUAUAGUCAUGCUACUUUGGUACAAUCGCCUGAUAGACCAAAACUUUUCCUGCAGCAUGAUUGUAAUCAAAUGGCAGGUCACUACUUAUAAAGACUUGGUGGAAGGAUGGUUGUUUUAUUCUGUUAGAGUUGUUAAAAUCAGUACAAUUUAUGUAUUUUCGUGUACGAAAUAUGAUAUAUUUACUGCUUGUUUCAGAUGUUUAACUUUAUUAAUCAUUCACUGUUAGAGGAAAAAUACUCUAUUCAUUGUCUUUCCUCAUUCUUUAAGGCACUAAACUCAAGAAAGAGCUUUUAGCUUUUGAUUCAUAUUAUAGGGAGGAUCAGAAGUGACAGUCACCACCCAGUUAUAGAGUUUUUGAAUUAGUGGUCAUUAGUCUCUAAAUUAGAAAUUUCACUAAAAUAAUCAACCCUAUGUUUCACAUGUUGAUUUUCUACAUACUCACAGGGUAAUAAUGUCUUAUCAGUGACAUGUACACUUGUAUUUUGGUGUAAUAGUAUCUUUAUAUUUACUUGUGUUGACUCUUGAAAAUAAAUAUCUCUUAUUAACGGUA